AUGGCUGUUCCCCGAGGUGCCCAGAUCGCAGCACGGUUACUUAGUCGAGGCUCAAGGGCUCUCACUUCCAACUCAUCCUCAUCUAUAAGGGAACACAGGUUCGCCCACUCGCUUGCAAAAUCGGAGACCCAGCGGAUUAGAAAUGCGUCCCUACACACACGAGCAAGCCAUCAUGCGCAGGCUGCCGCCGCCGCCGUACGAGAAGAAGACUCCUUCGAGGUGUCCGAGUCCACAAACCCGGCAAUGUCCUUUCCGUGUCUUGACGCUCAAGAACUGAAGACGGCCGCUUUGCAGAACCGUUCUCUCGAAUCAGGACCCGAACCGUCUUACACCACGGGAAAACACAUGGUCUUUCGCAGCUCUGAGCCCAUGCUGCUGGAUUGGGGCGGGAUCCUACCCGAAUUCGAUAUUGCUCAUGAGACUUGGGGUACAUUGAACGCGGACAAGAGCAAUGCAAUUCUGCUACACACUGGGUUGUCGGCGUCGAGCCAUGCACACAGCACUGAAGCCAACCCAAAACCUGGGUGGUGGGAAAAGUUCAUUGGGCCUGGUUGUCCCUUAGAUACCAACAAACACUUUGUGAUUUGCACCAACGUUAUAGGCGGCUGCUAUGGCUCAACUGGACCUUCUUCGAUCGACCCGUCCGACGGUCAGCGUUAUGCCACUCGGUUCCCCAUCUUGACCAUGGACGACAUGGUCAGAGCGCAAGCGCGGCUUUUGGAUGGUCUUGGCAUCGAUAAGCUCUACGCCAGCGUUGGCGCCAGUAUGGGUGGAAUGCAAAGUCUCGCUUUCGGCGUGCAUUUCCCAGACCGAGUGGGCAAAAUAGUCAGCAUUUCGGGUUGUGCAAGAAGUCACCCGUAUAGUAUCGCAAUGCGGCACACUCAACGGCAAGUGCUGAUGAUGGACCCCAAGUGGAACAGAGGUUUCUACUACGACAGUAUUCCUCCACACACGGGGAUGAAGCUCGCGCGAGAGAUUGCAACAGUGACAUAUCGCAGUGGGCCAGAGUGGGAGAACCGGUUUGGGAGGCAGCGAGCCGAUCCCAGUAAACAGCCUGCUCUUUGUCCGGAUUUCUUGAUCGAAACGUACCUGGACCACGCUGGAGAGAAAUUUUCCUUGGAAUAUGAUCCAAAUUCUCUACUUUAUGUGAGUAAGGCUAUGGAUCUCUUCGAUCUUGGGUGGGCGCACCAAGAAAGUACCAGAGAACGGAGGCAAAAGAACCAGGAGAAGCUAGUCGACUUCCACGGGGCAGCGACCAUUCGAAAUGACCCAGCAUGCAGCCUGACGCUACCGUCGAAGAAUUACGAAGAGAAAGUCUCCACCGCGCCAAUGGAUGAAGCUGUUACCCCCGGCAAUCAAGGGCCGCCCAGAGAUCUCGUCCAGGGAAUGGCACCCUUGCGCAGUCAUCCUGUGUUGGUGAUGGGUGUGGCGAGUGAUAUCCUCUUCCCGGCAUGGCAGCAAAGAGAGAUUGCCGAGACCUUGAGGGCGACGGGAAACAAUCAAGUAACGCACGUGGAGCUUGGUGAGGAUAUUAGUUUGUUCGGACACGACACAUUCCUCCUGGACUUGGAGCAUAUUGGUGGCAAUCUUGGGAAAUUUCUGCAGUAA